UACAAUCUUUAUCCUGAUUGGAAAGAUUAAGAUCAUGUUCUUAAACAACAUAUCUAAUGACAAGCAUGGUGUGAAAAAUAUGGAGUAAUUGAUAUGCUGCACUCUUAAAUUUCUCAUUCUACCAAAAGUAAAUGUAAACAACAAAAUCUUAAUUACCUCACACCAAUUACAUUAUAUUUAUUUAAUAAUUUUUUCGUAAUAAAUUAAUAGCAACGACAGUAGAAAUUAAGAGGGAAGUGGAAUUUUGGGCCUCAAUUUCUCCACUAUUUACUUCUCAAGCUUCACACCAAAAAAACCACCUGAAAAAAGAAUUCAAAAAUUAGCCACAGCCUAUUCCGUAUUCCACUCCAAGAAAAAACCCUUCAAAUCUGGAUGAUUUUCCCUCCAAAAGUCACACCGGAAUUUCAAGAAUGCCGCCGUCUUCUCUCAAUCUCCUCCGCGCCCUCUCCCUCUUCCUCCUCCUCACCCCAUCCAUCUCCACCGCCCACAACGUCACCUUCUUCGAAGACGCAUUCUGGAGCAACCCCCACCUGGACUCCUUCUCCCUCACUAAACACAAGGACUGCACCGCCCCCCCUCCGCCCUCCCCCCCCUUCGGCGUCGGCCGAGCAUUCUUCUCCAAGCAAGUCCGCUUCCUCGACCGCUCCAUCAACGCCACCGCCUCCUUCUCCUGCCGCUUCUCCUUCACCUCCUCCACCUCCCCCCCCUCCUGCCCCUCCGGCGACGCCCUCGCCUUCCUCAUCGCCUCCUCCACCGCCGACUUCAUCCCCCAAGACUCCUACCUCGCCGUCGAAUUCAACUCCAACACUAGCCGCGUCGCCAUCGCCGUCGACAACACCACCCCCGCCUCCUCCGCCGCCGCCGGAAUCGACCUCCACGGCGGCCGGGAGGUCACCUCAUGGAUUGAAUACCGCCACUCCGACACCACGAUCCGCGUCUGGAUCAGCCACUCCAACCGAAUCAGGCCCCGCCACCCAAUCCUCUCAUCCAAGAUCGAUCUCUCCACCCGGUUUAAGGACCUCAUGAGCGUCGGCUUCACCGCUGCAAACGUCAGGGGCUCCUCCGCCUACACCGUGGAGCGGUGGCGAUUCAAGACCUUUCUUGGAAUCGUCCCUCCCACAAUUGCCAUGGACGGCCUCAAAACAGGGGAUUGCUCUGUUUGCUCCCAAAUUGACACCACCAUCGAAUUCGGCUCAUUUCAGCGUCAUCGAAUGCGGAAAGAGAUUCUCAUCUUAAUCGUAGUUCUCACCACCUUCGCCGCGCUCACUGUCAUGUUUGGAGCAGCUGUAGUCGCCUGCGUCUGCGCUGUCAGGCGCCACGGGUGCAAGUGGGCGCAGAAACAGAGGCGGGCUUAUCGUUUCCACGAGGGGAGGACCGUGCCGAUGAUGCUAUCCCUGAGUGAGAUCAGAUCCGCCACCAAUGGAUUCAGCCAUGAUAGGAUCAUAGGGGAAGGAGGCUCGGCUGUGGUGUAUGUCGGAAAAAUCCCGCAUUGCGGGACCGUGGCGAUCAAGCGUUUCAACCACGAGAGCCACUACAAUGAGUCAUCGUUCUCCCGUGUCCCUUUCAACACCGAGUUUGCCACAAUGGCGGGGUGCUUGAGGCACAAGAAUCUCGUGCAGAUGCAGGGGUGGUGCUGUGAGAUGAAUGAGCUUGUCCUUGUGUAUGAAUACAUGGCUAAUGGCAGCCUUGACAAGAUCCUCCACGGGCGAACGCCAUGCUCGAGGCUCCUCACGUGGGAGAAGAGGCGCAACAUCGUCCUUGGCGUCGCAUCUGCGUUGAUCUACCUUCACGAGGAGUGUGACAGCCAGAUCAUCCACAGAGACGUCAAGACUUGCAACAUAUUGCUUGAUGUAGAGCUGAAUCCGAAGCUCGGUGAUUUCGGGCUGGCUGAGGUUUUCAGGCAGAGUUUGAGGGGUUUGGAAGGGGGGAGGGAUGGGGCAAUGGGGUACCUAGCGCCCGAGUAUGCCUUCUCAGGCAUCCCCACGGUGAAGACGGAUGUCUACAGCUUCGGGGUGGUGGUGCUGGAGGUGGCCUCAGGGAGGCGCCCGGUCGAUAAAGGGGGGUGUCUCCUGAGUGAGCAAGUGUGGGGGAUGUGGGAGAGAGGGGGGUUGGUCGAGGCAGCUGAUCCGAAGCUCGUGGGGAGGUUUAGCCGCGGGGAGAUGGAGAGGAUGCUCGUGGUGGGGUUGGCUUGCGUGCACCCUAACGGAGAGAUGAGGCCGAGGAUGAGGGAGGCUGCGCGGAUGCUGAGAGGGGAGGCGCCGCUCCCGGCCUUGCCUACGAAGAGGCCUGUUGUGAUGAUUCAGUCAGUUGUGCCUCAGAUAGCUGAGGAAAUGGUGUUGAGUUGUGAUGAUACAGAUACACAAUGGUCUACUCCUAGAACACAUUUUAGCAAGAACCAAUACCACCCUGAUUUUAGUGCUUGAGUUUAGUCACUAUCUACCAACUCUUUGCUUGCUUUGUAGUUGAAAAGAAGGUGUACUAAUCCCAAUUUCUCAGUUUGUUAAGGCAAAUUUGGGUCAAGUGCUGUUGUAUUCAGUGAGAAGAUUAAUGAUAGUACAUUUUUUCUUCUCAGACAGUUACAAUUGUUGAUUAAAUUAUAAAUUUAUUAUUGUUUCUAUUUUGAGAGCAAGAGCAAUAAAUCUGGGCUGGGCUGGGCUGUAUUUAAUACGGAUCAGCCCAUUUUAAUCAGGCCCGAGGUCUAAAUAAAAAAGCCCCAAUUUAAGGAAAAACCCUAGCGUUGAACCCUAAUUCAAUAAACACAUGAAUCAACGAUGCGUGUGCAUUUUUUUUUCAGAUUUGUUUCCGGCUUCAUUUCAAAUUAGCAAUUUUGUGUGAAUUUUUCUUCAAUCCAUGCAAAUUUUCAUUUCUGAUUUUGAAGAAAGUUCCCGAUGAUGGAAAAUUUUAAACAUUGAAAAGGUGUGAUGAUGGUUCUGGAUUCAUCACUGGCCUUGGUGCAUUACCUGGAUAAUCUGCCGCCACUACCACCGCCACCUAAAAAUUUAACACAUUCACACACGUGCACGCGGAGGUUGGUAGAUUGUCCUUGGUGGCGCGUGAGACCUUUGAUGAAUCUGUCCCGUUCUUCUAAGCCGCUUAUGAUUCAUAAGCUAUGAGAUCUGAGGGCUGAGUUUUAUGGAUCUGAAAAUUUUAAUAUUUUAUAGAGCAUGACUGUGUAUUUGUUUUCUAUUUGAGCAAUGUUGUUUUCAUAAUUUAUAAGGCUUGGUGUAAAUUGUUUGUGUUUUUUGUUAGUGCCCUGUGAUGUUUAAUCCGAUAUGCGGAAUGGUUGCUCUGUUUGCCAUCAGUAGCCUCCACUCGCCUUCAAUGUUCACCAUCACCAUCACCAUCACCAUCACCAUCAUUGUGAGUUAGCAGCACACCAUCACCAUCACCAUCAUUGUGAGUUAGCAGCUGUUGCUGUUACUCUGAUUAUUAUUAGUAUUGGUAACAAAUUUGAAGCGGGCUAUGACUUUAUGAAUCCAGUGAAUCUAUGUGACCAAAUUAUGGAUAGGGUCGAUGGACUGGCUUUGUUGGUAUCAGCAGCGACCAUUUACGCAUAUUUAGGGCAUGGAAUUAUUUGAUGACUGCAUUUUCAUUUGGAAUGUUUUCUAUAAUUUCAAAUGCAUAUUUGGAUUCUGAGGGCAUGGAAUUAUUUGAUGACUGCAUUUUCAUUUGGAA